UGGCAUUAAUGUUAAAUUCAGGGCUGACCUGCAAGGUCGCUGUGUGGGUUGAGCUUCAAAACCAUGACAUCAAUUGCUUCCACUAUAUAAAAUGGACAAAGACUAAUGUUAGACCAGAAACCAAACUUUACUGCGGCCAGCUGAGCCAUUGGAAUACAUUCUCCAAGUAUGUCAGUCUACCCAGAAUGCACCUGGCUCCUCUUUGUAUGCUUGUGUCACCUCCUUGUUUCUGCUGGAGGCUCUUUACUGCUGCCUUGUGAGCCAAUCAAUGAAACUAUUUCUGUGGAGAAAGAUGGAUGUCCAAAAUGUCUGGUGUUCCAAACAUCCAUCUGCAGUGGUCACUGCAUCACCAAGGACCCAAGCUACAAGAGCCCGCUGUCCACGGUGUACCAGCGCGUGUGCACCUACCGAGACGUCCGCUACGAGACGGUUCGGCUGCCAGACUGCCGCCCCGGCGUGGAUCCCCAUGUGACUUUCCCCGUGGCUCUGAGCUGCGACUGUAACCUGUGCACCAUGGACACGUCUGACUGCGCCAUCCAGAGUCUGAGGCCCGACUUCUGCAUGAGCCAGCGAGCCAGCCUCCCCGCGUAGGAGGAGCCCACGGACUGGUCCUCCCGCCCGCCACACCGCAUCUGCAUUGCCGAAGAGGGCCAACACAUGCAGAGAUGCUCCGCGUUAAUGUUUUAUAAGGAAGAAGCAAUCACAUUGUGCACAUACUCCUGUGAUAUCAAUAAAGUGGUUUCAGCAAAUCAUUGGUGGUAAAUCUUGUGUUUUUCUGUUUUCAUUUUUCAAACUCCCUGCAGAAAAUGUCUGUUGUGAAGCAUUGAGUGCCACCCUGCUGGUAAAUGGCGCAAUACUUAAAAAAUGAAAAAAUGUAUGUGGAAAGCACACUGGAAAAAUGUAUUGGUCAUGGAGUGGGUAAAAAGCUGUACAUAAACAAUGGAAAUGAAUACACAUAUCACAGAAGCAUAUGCAUAUGACUGCUUUCUGCAACAUUUCAGCAUUUUUGUGGAACUUUGAAAAAGGCCUCUGACAAAAACAUUAAUUUGGGUUGAGAGAAAGCAUAUGUUUUUAAAGUAAAGGUAAAGUAAAGGUAAAAUUGUCAAUGGUAAGAAUUGUAAAUGAUUAUAACACAAAAAUUCUGUUAACCAUAUAUAUUGUAAAAAGGAAAUGAUCAGGGAUAUGCCUGCCAUUUUGUGUCAUUUUUCAACACAACAGUUAUUUUUACAGUAUAUUGCUGGAGCAGUACUUUCAUCCACAUGUAGAGAGAAAAUCAGCCAUGUAUCCAUAUACCAGAAUGAGACAUUACAUUACAUUACAGGCAUUU